CAUGCCAACUUGUUCUAUUUUUGCAUUAGCAUAGCCACAACUACCCGCGUCAAUUUGUUGAUACUUCCCUAAAGUUAACACCUACAGCAGUCACACAGACAGACACACAGAUGACUCAGAGACAGAGAUAUCACUAGAAGCAGAGACUUAACGUAUAGAGGGUUUGCAGUUGACAUACGACGCCUCCUGGUGGCCAUGUUGGAAGACCACCACAUUAAUUAGAAGCAGAGACUUAAUGUACAGUAGACCUACAUAGAAAGAAAGACCCAGGCAUUGUUAAAGAUGUCAAAGGUCAUCUAUGCUGAGCCAGAUAUGAACAAGAAGGUCAAGUUUAACAAAGGUGAGAUGGAGGAGAGGAUUGUUGAUAUCUAUGUCAGUGCAGACACCCUGAGAGACGGUGAGACCAGCACCAAGAGAGAAGAGACAGCAGACACUGCCCCUGAUAAUGAACCAGGAGACCAGCGCUCAGAGCCUGAUAGCUCAGGGAAGAGACCCUUCCUACUUGCUGCAGUGUGUCUGGGGCUGCUGUGUGUUUUACUGGCUGGGAUCAUAGGCCUGUCUGUCUACUAUAACAGAGCCAUCAAAGAUUCUGAGGAUAAAAGAAACACAUUGUUCCAGAGUUUCUCCCUUUAUAAAAUCAACACAACUGCAGAGAGAGACCAGCUACAGACCAGAUACAACAACCUGACUGAAGAGAGAGACCAGCUACAGACCAGAUACAACAACCUGACUGACGAGAAAGGCCAUAUUCAGGCAAAGCUUUUUGUGAUAGAGCAGCAUUGUCAGGAGGGAUGGAGAUACUUUGACUCCAGUUUGUACUUCCUCUCUACUGAGAAGAAAACCUGGGAGGAGAGCAGACAGGACUGUCUGAAGAGAGGAGCAGACCUGGUGAUCAUAAACAGCAGAGAGGAACAGACAUUUCUCUUCAACCUCCACAUGAGAGCCUGGAUUGGUCUGACUGACUCUGUUACUGAGGGGACCUGGAAGUGGGUGGACGGCACCCCACUGACCACAGGGUAUUGGGGGACAGGACAGCCUAAUAAUGGUGGUCUGUUCUAUGGGCAGGAGGACUGUGUUGAGAUAUACUAUGGACAAGAUGACCCUCUAAAGACAUGGAAUGAUGACAAAUGUGGCACAAAUCAUAACUGGAUCUGUGAGAAAGUGGUUUGACAAUAACCUACUGUAACAAUCUCUCUCUUUCCCUGUCUCUCUCUCGUAGUUAUUAUGUUGAUGUUUGGAUACAGUACUUAAUGGUUAAGUGAUAAUCCCACUUAGUGGUUAAAGUGAGAGAUGAACACACCAUAGAGGUGAAAUAGUGGUAUUACAGACUUGUCUAUGAGUUCUUUUUCAAUUCGGCUUUACUCGAUUCCUCCUCGCAUCCUCUCUCCUCCCCUCCUUCUCCAAACACAUUGGAGAAUACAAUCCUAGGGGAGGUGCCUUGGACCUUCUCCUCUAAUAGGGUUGAAAGGAGGAGAGGAGACAGGAGGAGAGGAAUCUAGGAAAGACUAAUUGAGAUAGAGCCUUAGUGUCAGAGAGAGACAGAGGAGGAAGAAGAAAAUUAAGAGAAUGAGGAAGAGAUAAACAAUAAGACAAAUAAUUGUUGUGUUUAGAUUUAGAGGAGAGGAUGUAGACAUACUGUACUCUGUAAAAUGAUUCUUCAUUAUUUUAUUAGAAACAUGUCAUGUGAUUUGUCAUAGGCUUAUGCUUCGUAAAAAAAGUGGGUCCAAUU